AUGCAGAACGUUAUCAGGUCACUUCGACCUGAUAAGAACUUUGAGGGUGCCAAAGACAGCCGAUCUGGUACUACAUGGAUAACGGUCAUGUAUCACGAGACGGAAAGACAUCCUGACGUAGUGAGGUAUCUAUGGCUCAAGAAGUACACGUCCUCUAGGGUGUGGAAGGAGGUAACUACCGGACUAACUCCUUCUUCACGUUGUUAUCAAGACUAUGAACGACAACUCAAGAAGAUCCUCAAGCAGCUCCGCAAGACGUUUGACACUGACGAGCAUCUUCACAAGACUGAACGUCAGUUCAACAACUGCGUUCAGGGCACUGACUCUGUCUACGUCUUCAUCGAACGUCUAGAAGACCUUAGUUCUGAACUCUACCAUCUCGGUUCCCCGGUCUUGGAGUAUAAGAUGAAGUGGAAGCUCUACAAUGGUCUCAAAGGCUCUGAACUACGACUUCGUGUCAACGAUUACCCCGACGACAGGGAAGUCGACUAUAUGGAGUUAAAAGAAGUCGUAUUACGUCAGCAUAGACGUAUGGCUAACAUCAACGAGACUACUGAGAGCUCCCGGUCCUUCGACAAGAAGGCCAGAGACGACUCUAGAGUAGCUAUGGUAGACGGAGUGAAGACAGUGGUUAUCGUAAUCGCCGACCUUGGCAACGACAAACCUCUUACUCUAGACGUGAGUCUGUCAACUCGGUCGAGGCUGGUUACUCCACAGAUGACAACAAGACCCGUGAGCAUCACGUCAAUAUGGGACGUGAUCUUUCUGGUAUAA